UUUACUUUACUGAACAAAAGUGGCAUGCAUGUUAUUUGGCUCUCACUUUUAACCACUACCAUCCUCUAGUUUUGUUAUUUGAGGGCUCUUACACAAAGCGGUAAGUGAAUGAGUGAAUGCAACCAGUAUAUUACUGUGUUGUUGUAAUAUUCAUACCAAAACAAAGUCUACUUUCAAAUAUCUUUUCUAAACAGCUUAUUUGUUCAUCAAAAAUCUCAUUUUGGCUUUUGGGUAGUUGUUUUCUUGGACUUGUAAAACCAGUAAAAGCAAGAAAAAUGAUUGCUGUUUUGGGAUAUUUGACCUUAUUCAGCUUCUUGGCUUAUGCUAAUGCUAUGCUUACUCCAGCUGGUGUCAAUUAUGAAGUGCAAGCUCUAAUGGAGAUAAAGAAGGCUUUAAAUGAUCCUCAUAAUGUUUUGAACUGGGAUGAAAAUGCUGUUGAUCCCUGUAGCUGGAAUAUGGUGACUUGUUCAACUGAUAAAUUUGUCAUUAGCCUGGCAAGUCCUAGCCAAAGUUUGUCUGGCAAAAUAUCACCAUAUAUCCACAAUUUGACUCACCUUGAGCUUGUACUUCUGCAGAGUAAUAAUAUAUCAGGAUCAAUACCUUUGGAGCUUGGAAUGCUUCCAAAACUUAAGACAAUUGAUCUUUCUGAUAACAAGUUAACCGGCAAAAUCCCUUCCUCUUUAGCUCAACUGAAAAGUCUUCAAUACUUGAGAAUAAACAACAACAGUCUAACUGGAGCUGUUCCUGUGGACUUGGCCAAUAUGACUCAGCUGUCACUUAUGGACUUGUCUUUCAACAAUCUCAGUGGUCCUGUGCCAAGGCUUCUUGCUAAAACAUUCAACAUUUUAGGGAAUCCCAUGAUAUGUGCAACUGGUAAAGAGGCAGAAUGCAAUGGAACAGCACCCAUGCCCCUCUCCUUCUCUUUAAACAAUCCACAAGAUACUCAGCCUUCUGGAAAAACAAAGAGUCACAAGUUCGCCUUUGCCUUUGGGACAAGUCUAGGGUGCAUCUGCCUACUAAUAGUCGGAUUUGGAUUCUUUCUGUGGUGGAGACAAAAACACAAUAAGCAGAUUUUCUUUGACAGUGAUGAACUACAUCAUGAAGAAGUGUGCUUAGGCAACUUAAGGAGGUUCCAAUUUAAGGAACUUCAGGCUGCCACAAACAACUUCAGCAGCAAGAACAUACUAGGGAAAGGUGGUUUUGGACAUGUUUAUAAAGGCCGUCUUCAAGAUGGGAACAUUGUAGCUGUGAAAAGGCUCAAAGAUGGAAAUGCAGCUGGAGGCGAUCAGCAAUUUCAGACUGAAGUCGCGUUGAUCAGCCUAGCAGUGCAUCGCAAUCUUCUCCGGUUGUAUGGAUUUUGCAUGACACCAACUGAAAGGCUGCUGGUCUAUCCUUACAUGUCUAAUGGAAGUGUAGCUUCACGGCUCAAAGCCAAACCAACCUUGGAUUGGAGUACAAGAAAAAGCAUAGCUUUGGGAGCUGCAAGGGGUUUAUUAUAUCUGCAUGAGCAGUGUGAUCCUAAGAUCAUUCACAGGGAUGUGAAAGCUGCAAACAUACUACUUGAUGACUACUGUGAGGCUGUUGUGGGAGAUUUCGGAUUGGCAAAGCUUCUGGAUCAUCAUGAUUCACACGUCACAACUGCGGUUAGGGGAACCGUUGGGCAUAUAGCUCCCGAGUACCUUUCUACAGGACAGUCCUCUGAUAAAACGGACGUUUUUGGUUUUGGUAUUCUCUUGCUAGAAUUGAUCACUGGCCAAAGAGCUUUAGAAUUUGGUAAAGCAGCAAACCAGAAAGGAGCCAUGCUGGAUUGGGUAAAAAAGAUACACCAGGAGAAAAAACUAGACAUGUUGGUGGACAAGGACAUGAAAAACAACUAUGAUAGAAUUGAGCUAGAGGAAAUGGUACAAGUUGCAUUAUUGUGCACUCAAUAUCACCCAAGCCAGAGACCAAAAAUGUCAGAAGUUGUAAGAAUGCUAGAAGGGGAUGGACUAGCAGAGAAAUGGGAAGCUUCUCAAAGAGCAGAACCCAACACAAGAUGCAGCAGAGCCAAUGAGUUUUCCUCUUCAGAAAGAUACUCUGAUCUCACUGAUAAUGAUUCUUCAUUGCUUGUACAAGCAAUGGAACUAUCUGGUCCAAGAUGAUUAAUAAAGAGCAUCAGAGACAGAAUGCCAGAACAAGAAUCCUGUGUGAUAUUUGAGAUUGUUUAUAAGAUUAUACAGAAGCUGCAAAUAGAAUAUGCAUACAUUCCGACUGUAAAGGAUAAUUUGUGAACAACUGAUUAGGCUGAGAGUUAUUUUUCUUUUUUGUUUACUGGCUGAGUGAAAAUAUUUAUGGGAUGUUCUUAUUCAUAUAUAUAUAUAUAUAGAGAGAGAAAUAUAAUACACUUCACUUGCUAAU